UUUUUUUUUUUUUUUUUAUAUUUACAAGUCAGCCUCGAAAGAUAUAUCCAAGCAUCUCCAAAGUCUAACAUAAUUUAAAUAUUUAUUACCCCUCAGCAGGCAAAGCUUCAUUAAGUCAAUAUCAUCAUAGUUAGCUGCCUCAAUUGCAGCCUGAACCUAGCUGCACAUAACCCAGCUGGAGAGCAUUACUUGCUCUUCAGCUGGCCCCCAUCUUCUUCCUGCAACCCACUUCAAAGGUCUUUCGCCGACCCCUGCAGCACGCUUAAAUCAUCCACCGCGCUUCCACAGUAAGCGAUCCGAUCCGACUUCUGAUUGCAACCGCUAACAGCAUCAUAGCUUCACUGUCACGAUGCUCAGAAGAAGCCUGCAGGCACCCGAUCCCGACGGGUGUUAUCUGACGAAAGGUCAUAAUGUGACCUGUAAAAUCGAGCAAGCUAUCAAGAAAGAUGAUCACGGCGAGCUUCGUGAUAUGGCGAUGGAAAUCGGAAUAGACUGGGGAAAAGAGGAUGAUGCCGGCCGCCCUCGCUAUCAGCUAAUCGACAAAGACUUCCUUAAUCGCGAGAUAGAGCUGCUUUAUAAGCUAGAAGGGAAGUUACUCAGAGGGGUAAAUCCAAGCCGGAGGGAAAGGGAAUUCAUCAAGGCCCUUCGCGGCGGCUUGCACGAUAAGUGGCUCAAGGCCAUCCGGUGGCAGGCCAAGAAGGUACUGGAGAAGACUGAACCUUGAUGACAUACAGACCAGGCUGGCCAUGGUCUUGGACCACGAGAGCGCGACUGAGACGAGGGGGACGGCAUACCGCGUGAUGGAUGGAAGAGGGGUAAUCGUGUGGUUUUGUGGGAAGAAGAUGUAUUGAGUUUUGUGUGAGUUCAGUUGCCUAAAGUCAAAGACC